AUGGCUAAGAUCCAAGCAGCGACGGUUUCUAACCAAGUAGUCAAUCGAAAGCGGAAGCGUACUCCCAAGGCACAACCGCCAUCAGAGCCGCCACCGGAAGGCGAAGCGGCAGGGGACAGCACUACCACAGUCCCCACAAAGACAAAUGAUGGAGGAAACAAGCCCCGACGGAGAAAAGAUGCCUCCAAACCGCCCACGCUGAGGCGUGACUCGUCGACUAAUCUGGUCAAUUCAGAUAUCCCUUGGCCCGACCACUUCAAGUACCUGUCAAACUUGCACCGAGCUUUGAACCUCGUCUAUACUUUCUGCUGUACGAGGAAGCAUUUCGCGACUACAUGGAACAACAUAAAGUCAGCAGUCGAAGGUCAUAUUAAGCGGCCACUCGUUGAGGAAGAUGUGGCGCAGGUCAAGGCACUUGUCCCCCGGGCAAUACACUUCGCCUACGUCGAUGAAGACAUGCUCGCGGUCACACUCGCUGGGGAAGGAGGAGAUAUCAGUGCCGGUCGCGCGGACUGGUUUGGAACUAAAGACCAGGACAAACGUGCAGGCGAAGAGGUCGACGAGCUGCUCCUGUUUGAGUUCGUUGAUGGCGAUCUCAAGCGCCAGGUCCGGGAUCCCAAGACCGGGGAACCGGUCAAAGCAACUCAAAAGCUUCGAAAUGAGGAAUUGAAGAUGCCGGUAUUCAGCCAGAAAUCCAUGCUCAAACUCAUCGACAAGCGAAACACGAAAUUUACAUCUGCCAUCAAUGGUUUCCUGAAUCAGUGCGCCGAGGAUGGCGUUGAUGCUGUUGAUAAGAUCAAGGCUCUAAAGGAUCAAUAUGUUCCACUACCAACCAUCAGUAGGCCUUCGACCCCGAAGCCCGGGAACAAGGCACCACAAACAAUACCCAAAGAGCGCAAAUCAAUAUCCGAGAUCGUGCAGGAGCUGACCGAGAUGGAGUGGUAUACUCAUCAGAUUGUGCCAGACGGUCAUCGGGUGUUCGAUGCACAAGAAGCAAUCUAUGGCGAACUGGAGUUCCCACUGUCUCAACAUCUCGUCAAUGCUCUAUACAACACACGGGGCAUUACUCAGUUCUAUUCGCACCAAGCCGAAGCCAUCAAUAACCUUCAUAAUGGUCAUCAUGUCAUCACCUCUACCAGUACAUCAUCUGGCAAGAGUUUGAUUUAUCAGGUGCCCAUGUUGCACGCGUUGGAGGCCGAUCCCCAAAGCCGCGGCAUGUACAUAUUUCCUACCAAGGCGCUUGCCCAAGAUCAGCGGCGAUCUAUGAAGGAGCUCUUGAGCUAUCUUCCUCAGCUGGGUGAUGUGAUGGUAGAAACGUUCGAUGGCGACACUCCCAUGGCCGAGCGGAACCUCAUCCGCGACGGUGCGAGGAUCAUCUUUACCAACCCAGAUAUGCUUCACAUCACCAUUCUACCUCAGGAGAGCACUUGGCGACACUUCCUCCAGAACUUGAAAUAUGUCGUUGUUGACGAACUCCAUGUGUACAAUGGUUUGUUCGGUGCCCAUGUCGCCUUCAUCAUGCGGCGUCUGCGCCGGAUCUGUGCGGCUGUUGGAAACCGACGUGUCAAAUUCAUUUCCUGCUCCGCUACCGUCAGCAAUCCAGAAGAACAUAUGAAGACUAUCUUCGGGGUCGACAACGUCAGACUAACCGACUUCGACGGUUCGCCAUCCGGCCGCAAAGAAUUUGUGUGCUGGAACACACCUUUCAAAGACCCGGGUGAUCCUACCUCUGGCCGUGGGGACGCCUUCUACGAAACAGCACGAUUGCUAGCUGAGUUAAUUCUGCGCGGUGUCCGUGUGAUUGCUUUUUGUCGCAUACGAAAACAAUGCGAGGUCCUGCUCGGCGCUGUCCGCUCAUACUUCAACGCUAUCGAGCGUCCCCAGUGUGCUGCGUUAGUCAUGGGAUACCGCGGUGGCUAUUCGGCACAGGAUCGUCGGCAGAUCGAAUCCGAAAUGUUCUCGGGUAAGCUCAUGGGAAUAGUCGCAACAACAGCUCUGGAACUUGGUGUGGAUAUUGGAUCGCUCGAUGCAGUUGUUACCAUGGGAUUCCCGUAUACAAUAGCCAAUCUACGGCAGCAAUCUGGUCGAGCUGGGAGACGUAACCGAGACUCCCUAUCAGUGCUUGUUGGCGACUGCUUCCCCGUCGACCAACAUUUCAUGGCCAAUCCAGAUGAGCUCUUCACCAAGCCCAAUUGUGAGCUUCAAGUUGACCUUGGGAACGAGCUUGUUGUUGAAGGCCAUAUCCAGUGCGCCGCUUAUGAAAUGCCCAUCCUACCCGCCGAGGAUGCUAGGUUUCUCGGUGCGCAGCUCCCACAGAUAUGCACCAACAGACUCGGUGAACCUGACGAGCACGGCUUCUACCAUACCCAUCCUCGCUUCCGCCCGGUUCCGUCCAAGCAUGUCUCCAUACGGGACACCGAGGACGAUUCCUUCGCUGUCGUUGAUAUCACUCAUGGGCGAAACCUCGUGCUUGAAGAAGUUGAAGCUUCAAGGGCAUUCUUCACACUCUAUGAUGGCGGCAUCUUCCUUCACCAAGGGCGCACAUACAUGGUCAAGGAAUUCUCUCCCGAAAGAAAGAUCGCCAAAGUGCAGCUCGUCAAGGUGGAUUGGACAACACAGCAGCGCGAUUUUACCGACGUUGAUCCCAUCGAGACAGAGCAGGUCCGACGUGCCAGUCGCAACAGCCUCACCAAAGCAUAUUUCGGCCGGAUCAAAGUCCAUGCUGUUGUAUUUGGCUUCUUUAAACUGGAUGCGAGGCGCAGGAUUCUCGAUGCCGUGGCCGUUGACAAUCCUCCCAUCGACAUUUUCAGUAGAGGGUUGUGGAUCGACGUCCCGAAAUUUGCACUUGAUAUCCUCAAGCGAAAACGUAUGAACCUCGCCGCGGCCAUUCAUGCUGCGGAGCACGCAAUCUUGAGCCUGAUGCCACAAUUCGUGGUCAGUAUGCCCGGGGACGUGCGAACUGAAUGCAAGAAUGCUCUGAAGGAGUUUGCCAAGAAGGAGACACAGCGAAAACGUCCGGCGCGGCUGACUUUCUACGAUGCCAAAGGCGGUGCUGCAGGCAGUGGUAUUGCGGCGAAAGCAUUCGAGUUCAUCGAUACACUCCUAGAGCGCGCAGUGUUGCGUGUGGGAGAAUGCCACUGCGAGGAAGGCUGUACUGAAUGCAUUUGCGAUGAGCGAUGUAAGGAGAAGAAUAUCAUCAUGAGCAAAGCUGGGGCCGGAGUCAUUCUGAAAGCACUUAUUGGCAAGGAAAUCGAUGAAGACGCUCUGCCGGAGGGUGAAGAGGAGCGAGUACCCGAGGGCGUCGAAACCAUCAUUGGUGCAAUAGAGGUUAUGGGCGCGAACGGCCGGAGAGUCGAGACCCGGGCAGAUGAUGGGAGGUGGGUCAAGAGCGAGGAAGAGAUGAUUGUCAUCAAGGACGAACCGGAAGACUGA